GGGUAACUAGGACAACGCCCGGAAGAGAACUCAGGAAGAGAGGGAGAGUCAGGGGGAAAAUAGGCAACAAGUGCCGCUGGCCCGAUGGUCACGGGUGAUUCGAGGACUCGGCACGCGGCGAGAGCGGAAGGCGGGAGGGCUGAAGAACGCGCCUGUGAUUGGUGGGCUGGGGGCACCAGGACGAUGGUGAUUGGGCGAGUCUGAGCCGAGGGCUGCAUUUUUGAACCGCGUAGGGUUCUGGGUAGCAAAGGUCUUGGAAGAGUCUUAACUGAAAGGGGGAGGGGGCGGGACGCCAACAAACGGCUGAGCUCACAAUCUGGGCUGGGACUAGACCCGGGCCCCCCUCCCCCCCCAUGGAGAGGGCCAGGCCGGAGCCGCUGCCUCAGCCGCGCCAACUGCCGAGGGCGACACCGCCGCGCCCGUUGCGCCUGGCUCCGCCCUCGCUGUCGGUCGAGGGCGCCUCCUUUCGAGCAGCGGCCGCCGAGCCCCCUCCGUCGCCGCCUAUCCCGUGUGCGGCCGCCAUUGCGACCAUGGCCUCGUCGUGCGGGGACGCCCCGGCGUCGGGCGUACCGCCCGCGGCACGGCGGCUACUACAAGUGAAGCAGGAGCAGGUGUUGCUGCUGCCUCAGUCCCCGGACGAGGGCGCCAUUGCCUCCCCGGGGCAGGCGCGGCUGCUGCAGCUGAGGCCUGAGCUAUUGCUGCUGCCGCCGCCGCCCACCCCCGAGGGCGGUCCCUGCAGGCCCGAGUUGCACCCGAUGCAGCCCCGGGUGCUGCAGGUCAAGGCCGAGAAGCCAGAGCCGGGGCCCAGCUUGGACCCGUCGGUGGCACCUCGGAGGGCCGUCGAGGCAGGUCCUAGAGCCUGCAGGACGGCCAAAGGGGAGGGCCCCGGGCCGGCCCCCGACAGCAGCCGAGGGAAUGAGAAGGGCAAGAUGGAGCCGGAGGAGGUCAUGAGGGAUGCGGUGAAAGGCGGGGAAAGCAAAAGCCUGCCGGCCUUGGGAGAAGGAGUCAUCAAAACGGAGGAGCCGGAGAGAUUCCACGAGGACUGCAGUCUCGGCCCGGAAGGCGCGUCCAAUGGCCUGGGCCAUGACAGCAAGGAAAUGAUCCUGACCCAGACGUCCAGCGCCUUUGGGCCGCACCAGCAAGACCUCAGGAUCCCCUUGACUCUCCACACCGUCCCUCCUGGGGCGCGGAUCCAGUUUCAGGGACCUCCAGCUUCAGAUCUGAUACGGUUGACCAAGGUCCCCCUGACACCAGUGCCUAUUAAAAUGCAGUCCUUACUGGAGCCUUCUGUAAAAAUUGAAACCAAAGAUGUCCCGCUCACCGUGCUUCCCUCAGACGCAGGAAUACCAGAUACUCCCUUCAGUAAGGACAGAAAUGGUCAUGUGAAGCGACCUAUGAAUGCAUUUAUGGUUUGGGCAAGGAUCCACCGGCCAGCACUAGCCAAAGCUAACCCAGCAGCCAACAAUGCAGAAAUCAGUGUCCAGCUCGGGUUAGAGUGGAACAAACUUAGUGAAGAACAAAAGAAACCCUAUUAUGAUGAAGCACAAAAGAUUAAAGAAAAGCACAGAGAGGAAUUUCCUGGUUGGGUUUAUCAACCUCGUCCAGGGAAGCGAAAACGCUUCCCUCUAAGUGUUUCCAAUGUGUUUUCUGGUACCACACAGAAUAUCAUCUCUACAAAUCCUACAACAAUUUAUCCUUAUCGCUCACCUACCUACUCUGUGGUAAUACCCAGCCUACAGAACCCCAUCACUCAUCCAGUUGGUGAAGCUCCACCUGCCAGCCAGUUGCCCACACCUCCCGUCCAGCGCCCAAGCCCCAUCACACUUUUCCAGCCUAGCGUCUCCAGUGCUGCCCAGGUGGCUGUCCAGGCUCCAAGUCUGCCUCUCCGCCCAGCACUCCCACCUCAGCAUUUUGCUGGGCCUUCUCAAACGGACACUCAUCGGCUGCAUUCUGGAGCCAGUCGCUCUGUGAAGAGACCCACUCCUGUCUCUCUGGAGAAUACCAGUAGGAUUCCAACUACUCCAAGUACUGCCCAUGCCAGAUUUGCACCCUCGACCAUCCAACCUCCAAAGGAGUAUUCCAGCAUUUCCAGUUGUCCAAGAAGUGCUCCCAUAGCCCAGGCUCCUCCCAUUCCACACCCACAUGUCUACCAACCCACACCCCUCGGCCAUCCAGCCACACUGUUUGGGACACCACCAAGAUUCUCUUUUCAUCACCCUUACUUCCUACCCGGACCUCACUACUUCCCAUCAAGCACGUGUCCUUAUAGUCGGCCUCCCUUUGGUUAUGGAAAUUUUCCAAGUUCAAUGCCAGAAUGCCUUGGUUAUUAUGAAGACAGGUACCAAAAACAUGAGGCUAUGUUUUCAGCUUUAAAUAGAGACUAUCCUUUUAGAGACUACCCAGAUGAACGCACACACAGUGAAGAUUCUCAGAAUUGUGAGAGCAUGGAUGGGACCUCUUACUAUAACAGUCAUAGCCACAGUGGGGAAGAGUACUUAAAUCCCAUGCCUCAGCUGGACAUUGGAGCCUUGGAGAACGUCUUCACAGCCCCAACAUCAACUCCCUCUAGCAUCCAGCAAGUCAAUGUUACUGACAGCGAUGAAGAGGAAGAAGAAAAAGUGCUCAGGAAUUUAUAAUUUUAAAACCAUAUGCAUAGAAAAUAAACAUUUCUUAAAAUAUAUCUGGGUCAGUUGGUGUGAGAAAAAAAGGCUAGAAUGCUUUGCUAAGAGUUUUCAGCCAUGAUUUGAAGAGUCAAAACCAAAUGCAGUUUAUAUCUUCAUAAAGUUUUGAUUAGUGGAAGUAUAGUCCUGUUAAUUCAUCAUAGGAAUAUUUAAAAUAUGAAGUAGCUUAUUUUUAUGGCUGAAAUUUACAUCAACAUGUAUUAUCUUUAUCUUGGCAUGCCAGCUAUAAAAUAUGGAAGCUUCACAACUGUAUGUGUGUGGAAAGGGAAUAUGUAUAUACACACACACAUAUAUACAAUUAUAUGUAUGUAUCUGGCAUGACAAGUAUGAAUUUUUAUUUUAUCUCAGGAUACAUUUGUUUAUUUUUUGUUUAGUAUUUAUGUGAUGUCUGUGGAUGUUGUCAGUUUUUAUGUAACAUUUUGAAAAUGUUCUGAUAAUUUUUAGUAGUGAACUGGAACUCAGUUACUAAAUUUA